CUAUAAUAUAUUCAUGGAUCAAUUAAAGAAAUAAUUGAUGCAUUAAUAUUGUUAAAAUAGAGAUUAUUUUCGGAGUUAGUUUUUAACGUUUCUAACCUCAAAAUGUCAAGAAAACGUCAGUAAACGCUGUCGUACACACACACACUUGUCUGCAUUUAUCUACGAGCUACAAUAACUUUCUUUCCUUCUAAGAAUUCUAUUUUUUAUUAGUAAAUUACACAAUUUAUCAUUUGCGAAUAAUUAUAUACUUCUCUAAAAAAAAAAUUAUUGACAGUUAAAUUAUAAAAUACGCAAGUAAUAUAUAUUCGGCGCACUUAUUGUCAUCAUCAAGCAUGUGCAACAAUGGAUCUUGAAAAGAGAUUAUCCUUAGCAUUAGAAAAUAAUACACUCUCUUCAGAAUGUCAAAAUAUUGCAUCAGAGAUACAAAAAGGAGAUAUCAAACUUUUCAAUUUUGUCGAAGGACUUCAACCGCUUUUAACGAAUACAAAUGUCGAAUUACGAAAACAAAGUAUUCAAGUUUUAUCUUCUUUAUUAGCUAGUUUACCAUUUGAUUUUCUUGUUGAAGCUGAAAUUAAUUUUAUUGUUGGAUUUUAUUGCGAUCGAUUAAAAGAUCAUUAUAGCAUUUUACCAUCGACACUGAAAGGCAUUUCAUCUAUUGUACAAAUGAAAAAUCUACCAGAAAAUGGUCCUGUUCGAUUGCUUUCAACAAUAUUUGAAAAUGUUCAAUGUCAAACACUUUUAUUGCCAGAUCGACAAAUUGUUUACAGCAUAUUUGAAACUUUAUUAAAAUCUAAAUCAUCAAAUUUAAAAUCCCUUGGUGUUGAUAUUGUUUACGGUGUGAUAAAUUCAAUUGAUGGCGAAAGUGAUCCAAGGAAUCUUUUAAUAAUUUUCCGUAUAAUUCCAUUUUUUGUAAAAGAAUUUCCACUUGGUCAUUUAACUGAAGAAUUAUUUGAAGUCAUUGCCUGCUAUUUUCCAGUUCAAUACAAUGCGCCAAAAUCAGAAAGCUCUGGAAUAACGAGGGAAAUUUUAGCGGAAGCACUAGUUCCAUGUUUAUGUGCAAUUCCAGAAUUUGCUGAAUUAUGUCUUCCAUUAUUAAUUGAGAAAAUGGAUUCAAAUUUAAAAGUUGCUAAAUUAGAUUCUCUUGAUGUAUUAAUGCAAGGAGCCGAAGUUUUUGGUGCAAAACGUUUAGAAUCUCAUUUAAGAGAAAUUUGGCAAAUUUUACAAAAGGAAAUAAUGCAGAAUAUUGAUUUAGAUGUUAAAAAAUUGGCUCUUAAUUGCACAACAUCGUUAAUAAAAGCUUUAGCGGAGGAUAAAAAUAUUUCAAUUAAAUUUGUUGAGGAAAUUAUAAUAAAUGCUAAAUGGGCAUUAUGUAAUGCACCCACAAGUUCUAUUAAAAAUACAGAAAAACUAUUGGAAGCUGUGGCUAAGGCAAAUGAAGAAAUGUGUGAAAAAGUUUUAUGCGCUGUUGUACCCGCGUGCCUUACGCAAUACUCAACAAAGACUGAGUUGCAAGAUAAAUUAUUUCUUUUGGAUACAUUCAAUAAUUUUAUUAUUAUUGCAAAUGAAUAUGGACUAUCCAUUAAAAAUGUCUCUAAUUUGGAGUGGUCAGACGUUCCUGCAUUUUACAUAGAAGAAUUAAAUAAUCCAGCUUUUGAAAUUCGUAUUAAAUUAAUGCAUGGAUUAAUUGCUCAAAAAAUUGCUUUAAAUGAAACACAACGAGCAACACUAUAUGAAAAAUUAUUUCAUCAAAUUGAAACUGGAAAUGAAAAUACAUUAUUUGCUGCACAUUCUUGCCUUUACAGUUUUACGGAAUUAUAUCCAAUUGAAGUUGUAAAUAUAAUUGCAAACAGAUUUACCUUAAAUGACAAUAAUGUGACGAAAGAAACGAUAUCCAGGCGAAUUGAAGCAUUAUCCCUGAUAUCAAGAAUAGAAAAAGUUGGUUGUGAAAUUCUUCCAAAAAUUGUGAAUGCUGCAACAUCGGAUGAUGUUUCAAUAAAUAUUGUAGCGCUUUCUUGUCUUGAAAAAUUGCUUACUAUCAAAGGAAAAAUUGAAAAUUUCGAUAUUCAAAGAUUUUUGUAUAAAGAAGAUAUAUUGAAUAAACUUGUCAAGAUCGUUAAUUUUGAAUCGAAUGAAAAGAUCUCUUUAAUAACAAAUAUUUGUAGAUUAAUAACAAGAAAAUUAAAUCUUGAGGAACAAGAAAAAAUUCUACAGAAUUUUACUCGAGUUUUAGAUGGAAUCAUUUCAGACAGUGAUAUAAUAUUAAUAGAUGGAAUUUUGAUAUCAUUAAAUCCAAAAAUUGAAUUGAAUAAUAAUGAAUUAAUAAAAAAUUUAUAUAAAAUAGCAAUGAAUAAUUUAAACACAACUACAAGACUCGCUAGUUGUCAUUUAAUUGCCGUUUUAAUAAAUAAAAUGCAAUUAAAUGAAGAAUACGAAGAGAUAAUAAAAUUUUUAAAAGACAAUAUCAGCCAAUGUUUAGAUUCAUCGGAAGAAACAAUUGAAAUGAAAAAAGCUGCUUCAGAUUUAUUAAAUUGGUUAACAAUUUCUCUUGUUAAAAAAGGAACUGCAAAUUCUCAGGAUUUUUUAAAUUAUCAAAUAUCAACUUUACGAAAUAAUGAAAUUGGAAAUUAUGUUGCCAGUGAAUUUAAAAAUUUAGUGAAUAAAAAUGACGAUACAUUAAUAGAAGAGAAUUUUUGUCAUGUAAAAAUAUUAUACAAACAGAGAAUAUUUGAAAAUAUCAUUAAAGAAUGUAAUGAAUCGACGUCAGAAUACAAUUAUUUAAAGGCAUUAAUUUAUACUUGUGAAGAAUUACCAAUAGAAUUACUUUCUUUAUAUUUAACAAAACUUGUCUCUUGUUUUGUGAAUAGUCUUAUGGAAGAAGAAUUAAUAAUACCAACUUUAAAUGUAUUAUUACCUUUAUUGAAGACAAAAAAUUCGGUUUUUGAAAUUGAAGCCAAAUAUUUUAUAUCAAAAUUUUUAGAUUUGUGUUCACAUAAAAAUAUGAAAAUAAGAAUAACGGCACUUAAUUGUUUGAUAAUCUAUGUAGAAUAUCCAUUAGUAAUUAUACAUCCUUUUAAAUUGGAUGUUUUGGAAAAAAUACAUCCAAUUACUGAUGAUAAAAAACGACUUGUUAGAAAAUUGGCUGUUAAGGCACGCAUAAAAUGGUUUCUGAUUGAUUCAGAUAUUAAAUAAUUUUGUUAAAAAUAUUUUUCUUUUAACAUUUGUUUUAAAUUGAGAUUUUUUUUUUUUCUUAAAAAUUUAUUGUAUAUUAUCUUUAAAAGAAGCAGCGUGAAAUAUUUUAGCAAAGAAAUUAUUACUAGACUAUGUAAAAAAAAAAAAAAAAAAACAGAAAGAAAAUUAUGUUCUUGACUCAAGAACAAUAUUUUCUUACGUCGUCACAUAUAUAUGAAAAAUUUCUGAACAUGACCUGCAUUGUAGAUGCUUAACGUAACUAAAUAAAGCAUUGAUUUUUUUAAAA